UGACAUCAUUGCAUUCUAGCACCUUGGAUAAGAUUGGUAGACCUUCACGUCCAUCUGAGCAGCAAAACAACUCUCAGAGCAGGUCAAAUUAUGGUUCAUCAAGUAUCGCAUAGAGUCCGUGGCAUUCCGAUUUCAUGCAUUGCAAUAUAUCUUUGGGCAAUAAUUACCCAAUUCGCUACAAGAUUGGCGAAUAUCCCAUCUACACCAUUACAGCCGUUAGAAAUAGUAGAAUCCAUAUUGCAAUACUCUAUUUAUGACAUUUGCUACCUCUGCAGCCCAUACUAGUAUACACACUUGUAAACCCAUACCACCAAAUGUU